AUGGAUAACUGUCCCCCUGCGUCCACGUUUCUGACCGACAGCUUGGAACUGGAACUGAAGACAGAAUGGUGCAACCCCCCUUGCUUUUCUUGUGAUUUUGACAACAGAGGAGGAGGAAGACAUUUUUCUGGAGAGUCCUACCUUUCCAGCGGAGCUCUUAAGCGAGUAAUUUUGAAUCUUGAUCCUUUACCAACUAAUUUUGAAGAGGAUACAGUGGAACUAUUUGGCAUUGAGUGGGUUACUGAAACAGCAUUAGUGAAUUCAUCUAGAGUUCUCUUUCAUCUAUUCAGGCAACAGCUAUACAACUUGGAAACCUUAUUACAGGCCAGCUGUGAUUUUGGGAAGAUAUCAACGCUGCAUUGCAAAGCACACAAUAUUAGGCAGCUCUGCGUAACAUUUCUUCAUUAUGUUAAAGUUUUCAUCUUCAGGUCCCUGCGAGUACACAAUGCUGAAAGUCAUGUUCCUGUCCAUCCCUACGAGACUUUGGAGGCACAACUUCCCUCAGUGUUGGUUGAUGAGCUUCAUGGGUUACUGUUGUAUAUAGGACACCUAUCAGAACUUCCCACUACGAAUACAGGAGCAUUUGUAAAUCAAAACCACACUAAGCUUUACCCACCAUCAUGGCAUUUACUGCAUCUCCACCUAGAUAUCCAUUGGCUGGUGCUGGAAAUUCUUCACAUGCUUGGUGAAAAAUUGAAACAAGUUGUAUAUAGUCAUCAGUUUAUGAAUCUGGCAGGUGACAAUUUAACCAAUGUCAGCUUAUUUGAAGAACAUUGUGAAAAUCUUCUUCGUGAUUUAAUAAACCUGUCCCUCAACAGGUAUGACAAGGUUAGGCCUUCUGAGGCAUUAAUGAGUCACCAUUGCCCAUGUCCAUGCAUUAAAGAAUUAUGGGUUCUACUCAUUCACCUCCUUAAUCACAGAAGUAAAUGGUCUCUCUCGGAAUCAUUUUGGAACUGGUUGAAUAAACUACUCAGAACACUUUUUGAAAAAUCAAAUGACCAAAGAAGAUCUGUGCUUACAGUCCAGCCCAGGGACCCAUUGGGUUUUAGUUGGUGGAUUAUUACUCACGUAGCAUCAUUUUAUCAGUUCGAUCGCCAUGGAACACCAGAUGAAAUGAGACAGAUGGAAUCAAAUUGGAAUUUUGUAGAAGAACUGCUGAAAAAGUCCAUCAGUGUUCAGGAUGGUAUACUAGAAGAGCAGUUACGAAUGUAUCUUCACUGUUGUUUGACCCUUUGUGAUUUCUGGGAGCCAAACAUUGCAGUUGUCACCAUUCUGUGGGAAUAUUACAGUAAGAACCUGAAUAGUUCUUUCAGUAUUUCUUGGCUUCCUUUAAAAGGCCUUACAUAUAUCAUUAAGUCACCCUUGGCUAUGCUAGAAAUGGUGAAGACCUGCUGCUGUGAUAAACAAGGUCUUGACCUGUAUAAAUCCAGCAGUAGUUACACUGUUUUCCUUUGCAUUUUGGCAAAAGUUGUCAAGAAAGCAAUGAAGAACAAUGGUCCUCAUCCUUGGAAACAAGUCAAGGGAAGGAUAUAUUCUAAAUUCCAUCAAAAAAGAAUGGAAGAACUAACUGAAGUUGGUCUGCAGAACUUUUUCAGCCUUUUUCUACUGUUAGCAGCUGUGGCAGAGGUGGAAGAUGUAGCAAGUCAUGUUUUAGGCCUCCUGGAUUUCCUCAAGCCUACUUUUAAAACAUCUCCUCUCAUUUGGAAGGGUCAGAUGGCCUUCCUCUUAAUGUAUACCCAGAAAAAUCUGGACAUUGGUGUUUUGGCUGAGAAAUUUUCAAAUGCUUUCCGGGAGAAAGCAAAGGAGUUCUUGGUAUCUAAGAACGAUGAAAUGGGACAAAGACAGACUCUUUGGACCCUUCUUUCUAUAUAUAUGGACAGUGUUCAGGAGGUGUUUGAGACAAGCCAUUGCCUGCAUCCUUCUCAUGAAAAACUGCUUAAUGAUGGCUUUAGUAUGCUUCUACGAGCUUGUCAAGAAUCUGAACUUAGGACAGUAUUGAACUUUCUACAAGCUGUUCUGGCCAGAAUCAGGAGUAUGCAUCAACAAUUGUGUCAGGAACUUCAAAGGGAGAAUGGGGACCUCAUUGUGCAGUCUUCAUUAUCGACUAAAGAGCGCCACCUUGCUGCAGUUGCCAGUGCACUAUGGAGGCAUUUCUUUUCAUUUUUGAAGAGUCAGAGGAUGUCGCAGAUAGUGCCUCUCUCACAACUCGCGGAUGCAGCCGCAGAUUUUACUUUGCUGGCGAUGGACUUGCCCAGCACAGCCCCAUCAGAUCUUCAGCCUCAGCCAGUUACAUCAAUGAUACAACUCUUUGGUUGGGAUGAUAUCAUCUGGCCCCAAGUUGUAGCCAGAUAUUUAAGUCAUUUCCUACAAAAUAGCAUGUUAUGUGAAGUACUCUCUUGUUCAGGCUGCGUAUCUUUUCAAGCCCUAACUGUAAGAUCAUGGAUCCGUUGCAUUUUGCAAAUGUAUGUAAAAAACCUUCAUGUGCCAGAUGACUCAUUCAUUGAUAUAAAUCCUGAACAGGCAGUUGAAAAGGACUACAUGGAACAAUUGACUGAACUGACAAGGUUGCUAUUUAACCUAUCAGAAGUAAAGAAUAUUUUCUCAAAGUCUCAAGUUGAAUAUUUACCCAUCCCAGAAGAUCCUAAAAAAGCACUUGUUCGGUUCUUUGAGGCUGUUGGUAUAACUUACGGGAAUCUGCAGACAUUUUCUGAUAAAUCUGCCAUGGUUACAAAGUCCUUAGAAUACCUUGGUGAAAUAUUAAAAUAUAUAAAACCUUAUUUGGGGAAAAAAGUUUCCAGUGCAGGGCUGCAGCUGACUUAUACGAUGAUGGGAAUUCUAGUUAAAUCAUGGGCACUGAUCUUUGCCACCUCUAAAGCCCAAAAGUUACUAUUCCGGAUUAUAGACUGUUUACUGCUGCCACAUACAGUAUUACAGCAAGAGAAGGAGCUGCCUGCACCUAUGUUGACUGCAAUUCAGAAGAGUCUUCCUUUGUAUCUCCAGGGCAUGUGUAUUGUGUGUUGUCAGUCUCAAAAUCCGAAUGCCUAUCUGAACCAGUUGCUGGGGAAUGUCAUUGAGCAGUACAUCGGGCGAUUUCUUCCAGCCUCAGCUCCUGUCUUAGGUCUUGGACAGCAUCCUGUUUUGUUGGCAUUGAAAAACUCAGCCAGUCUUCCACCGAUGUCAUUGCUAAAGAAAUGCAUUGCCCAUGUCAUAAGGAAGUCCUACUUUGAGUUUAAAGGAUCCUUGCUCCCUCCUCGCUUGGCAUCCAUUCUGGCCUUCAUCCUCCAACUUGUUAAGGAAACUAACACUGAUGUUACUGAGAUUGAACUCCUCCUCCCUGGAGUAUUAAAAUGCUUGGUGCUGUUCAGUGAACCUCAAGUUAAAAGGCUGGCCACCGAGAACCUGCAAUGCAUGGUCAAAGCCUGCCAAGUGGGGUCAGGAGGAGAACCUGCUGCCCAGCUGACUUCUGUGUUUAGGCAGUUUAUUGAAGAUUAUGGUAUGAGAUAUGACUAUCAGCUUUACAGCAUUUUAGAAGCAGUAGCAGCACUGGACCAGCAGGUUGUCAUCCACUUGGUUCCUGCCCUUACUCAGUCUCUGAAGGAUUCAGAGCGGAAGUGGGGCCUUGGCAGAAAUAGUGCACAGAGGGAAGCCUAUAGCAAACUUUUAUCUCAGCUAGGACAAGUGGGACAAGAUGAGAUACAGAGACUGGAAAAUGAUCAUGUUGAAUCUAUUUUGUGAUUUCAUCCUCAACAUUAAU